UUCCUUUUUCUAUGGUCUUCCUCAUCCAUCGAGUUUGAUCUCACCUUCGUGAACCCCCACCCCCACCCCACCCCAAGAUUUGUAGCCUACUUGCACCCUCUUAUACUGGAAGAUUACUUUUUGGGUUCUAAUCACAUUUGGUCACUUCCACGUGAUACGGUGUUAACUUGAAGUUUGACUAAAAACUGUAAUGAAGCUGGUGCAAGCCAAUUUCAAGUCUGAGGAGGAUAGAGGAAGAACAAUCCGUAUUCUGUCUAUUUGGUAAGAAGAAAACAAAUUUUGGAUUUGAAGGGCAUACUCACAAUGACAACGGAGAACGCGGAGCUUACUACGGAGGAGGUUUUGAGGAGGGAUAUCCCAUGGGAGACAUACAUGACUACAAAGCUGAUCACUGGAACAGGUUUGCAGCUGUUGAGGCGCUAUGACAAGAAGGCAGAAAGUUACAAAGCCCAGUUGCUGGAUGAUGAUGGUCCAGGUUAUGUCCGCGUCUUUGUUACCAUUUUACGUGACAUCUUCAAGGAAGAAACCGUGGAAUAUGUUUUGGCUUUGAUUGAUGAAAUGCUUACAGCAAACCCAAAAAGAGCAAGACUAUUCCAUGAUGAGAGUCUUGCAGACGAAGAUACCUAUGAACCUUUCCUCAGAUUGCUGUGGAAAGGUAAUUGGUUCAUACAAGAGAAGAGCUGUAAGAUUCUAUCUUUGACAGUGAGUGCUAGGUCAAAAGUUCAGAAUGGUGCUGAUGCAAAUGGAGAUGCCUCAAGUUCAAAGAAGAAAAUCACUACCAUUGACGAUGUUCUGGCAGGCGUGGUGGAGUGGCUUUGUGCACAGCUGAAAAAGCCUACUCAUCCUACCCGCAGCAUUCCUAGCACAAUCAACUGCCUAUCAACUCUGUUGAAAGAGCCAGUUGUUCGAUCUUCAUUUGUUCGAGCUGAUGGAGUGAAGUUGCUUGUUCCUUUAAUUUCACCAGCAUCCACCCAGCAGUCUAUCCAGCUUCUCUAUGAGACAUGCCUUUGUGUGUGGCUUUUGUCAUACUAUGAACCUGCAAUAGAGUAUUUAGCUACUUCAAGGGCCCUCCCUCGAUUGAUAGAAGUUGUUAAAGGUUCAACAAAAGAGAAGGUUGUACGGGUUGUCAUCUUGACUCUUCGGAAUUUGCUUUCCAAAGGAACAUUUAGUGCUCAUAUGGUAGACUUGGGAGUGCUGCAAAUUGUUCAGAGUUUGAAAGCACAGGCUUGGAGUGAUGAGGAUCUUUUGGACGCUCUGAAUCAACUAGAACAAGGAUUGAAGGAAAACAUCAAAAAACUGAGUUCGUUUGACAAGUACAAGCAGGAAGUCCUUCUUGGCCAUCUUGAUUGGUCCCCAAUGCACAAAGAUCCUAUAUUCUGGCGGGAGAACAUAAAUAAUUUUGAGGAGAAUGAUUUCCAGAUCUUGAGGGUGCUCAUUACAAUUUUGGACACAUCAAGUGAUGCAAGGACACUUGCUGUUGCUUGCUAUGAUCUGUCACAGUUCAUUCAGUGCCAUUCUGCUGGGAGAAUUAUAGUGAAUGACCUCAAAGCUAAGGAGCGCGUAAUGAGACUGUUGAACCAUGAGAAUGCUGAGGUCACGAAAAAUGCCUUGCUCUGUAUCCAAAGGCUUUUCCUAGGUGCCAAGUAUGCUAGCUUUUUGCAGGCUUAAGUCUUGUCGAAUGGUUUCAUUCCAUUGUUCAGACGACAGGUACUAGACUCAUCUCGUUAUUUCGUUGGACACAAGGAGUUUGUGGUCGUGGUCUUGUUAAUUUAUUUGUUGUAUCACUAUUCGAGUAUUGUAUCUAAGGCGUCCUCUUGGUGAGAUUUUCAUUCCAAAUAAAGUCUACGAGUUUAAUUUUAAUUUCCCCUCCAAUAAAAGGCAGUUUGUAUUGACAUGUUUAUCGAACUGGGGAAUUGUUUUGUGGUAUAUACUAUCUGGAGAUUGCUGUUCAAACAACUUAUUAAUACGAUGAUUUUGUAUGAUCGGUAUGGUUUUAUG